AGUGUUUGAGGAGUCCCUGCAGGUCUCUUUUGCUGCCUAUAGAGGACACUGUGGUUUUCACUGUAGAUGUCUCCUCCCAUGCCGAUCCGGCUCCAGUCUUCAGACAGACCUCAUCGCGUCUCCCGGAUCAACUUCCACCACUAAUGUCACAGAAAGUGGCACAAACGGGUAUGUGCGCUAGAAUCCGCUGCGGGUGAGUUGAAGGCAGCGCAGGCUGAUUAGGGCCAGCGGAUCUGCCUCUAUGUAUCCCGGAGUGUAGUCUAUAAUCGGUCAUGGAUCUGGUUUUCAUAAUAACUUAGAAGAAUCUCUAGGACAACAUAAGAGGACAUAUGGACGGGGCGGAUGCGAGCCAGCUGUCCGACAAGGACCUGCUGAUGCUGGGGAAGGAGGAUCUGAUUCGGAGGCUAAGGCGGCUGGAGAGCCGCAACAUGGACUUGAUGCUGGAGCACGGGAACAUGAUGAAGGACGUGAACCGGAGCCUGCAGGUCCACCUCCGCGAGAUCCGGAGCCUGAAGGAGGUCAACCGGAGACUGCAGGACGAUAACCAAGAGCUCCGGGAGCUGUGCUGCUUCCUGGACGAUGAUCGCCAGAAGGGGAGGAAGGUGUCCCGGGAGUGGCAGCGGUUCGGCCGCUACACGGCCAGCGUCCUGGGGAAAGACGUGGCUCUGUACCAGCAGAGGCUGACCGAGCUGGAGAGCAGUCAGGAGGCGCUGCGGACGGAGAACAUGGAGCUGAAGGAGAUGGUCCUCAUGCUGGAUGAGGACAGAAGCGGAGCCGGGUCCCGGAGCUCCAUCGACAGCCAGUCCAGCCUGAGCAACCUGAACUGCCCUGCGCCGGCUCGGGACGUCGGGGAUGGGAGCAGCACAUCCAGCACUGGGAGUCCCGACCACCUCAACCACAAAGCACCUGAGGGAAAGAUGGCAUCUCUGAGGAGGUCUGUGGACGUCCAGGGGGGAGAUGGGCUCGGUGAUGAAUUAGCCAGCUACGUCAGACAGCUGGAGAACAAGAUGAGAAUGCUGGAAGAUGAAAACCACCAGCUGAUGUCUCAGACAAACGGAGGGGAAGUUAAGACAGUGAGGAAGGGUUUUUCUUUUUAUGAUUCGGAAACCCAGCACUCACAAUUCCAAGACAACAUGAACAACGGCGAUGCUCUAUCCUCCAGCAGUGACCCCUUCUCCACAGACCUCUACCUCCCCCACCGGCUGAAACCAGAAGCUAUAGUCCACGCAAUGAAGGUGCUGGACGUCCAUGAGAAGCUGGACAUGCAGUGCUCACAGGAAUAUGACGACGAUCUUAAUGACAAAGAGAAGGCCAUUGUCAGAGAGAUGUGUAACGUGGUUUGGAGAAAGCUGGGUGAUGCUGCAGGAUCCAAGCCUUCAAUCCAACAGCAUCUCCUAGGCAACCAGUUUAAAGGGCCUUUAUAGUUGCCGGACACCAAGUGAAGCCCCCAAUGGCUCCAACCAUCCUAAGUUACUAGUUUGAACUGAAAGCUUUUCAGCAACGUGUUUGAAAAUGGAUAUCCAGGUCAGUCAACCAGGACAUAUAUGUACUGAAAUGCCAAUGCCGGAAGACUGGCUGUCCAUUUGUAGCAGAUGGACUCAAAAUAGCCAAUCUCGUUAUCUGGGUUGCAGACAUAGACUCUAUGCAGCUUUUUUUAAAGCCUUCGCCAUCAUGGAAGCAGAAAAUGUAAACAAAAUGUGGCCGAAGCCUUCUUGUAACUCUAACGCAAGCGGCAGCCACCAUGGCUCAGUGUGACAGUCUAAGACACCGGCCAAUCGAGCAAAUACACCCAGAAACUCUCACUUGAAGCCUUAUUAUAUCCAUCUAUCUAUUCAUCCAUUCAUCCAUCCAUCUAUCCGCUUCUGCGGAGCCGGGUCACGGGGGCAGGAGGCUAGGCAAAGUAUUUCAGACAUCCCUCUUCCCAGAAACCAUUUCCAACUCAUCUUGGGGGGAACCCUGAGGCGCGUCCAGGCAAGACGACAUAUAUAAUCUCUCCAGCGUGUUCUGGAUCUAACCCGGGGCCUCCUACCAAUUGGACGUGCCAGGAAAUCCUGUAACAGGAGGCACCCAGAAGGCAUCCUGAUCAAAUGAGCUCCUCACCCCUUAUAUCACGGGCUGAGCCCAGCCCCCCUAUGAAGUAAAAACUGAAUUCUUUCAAUCACCCACAGCACAUGACCACAGGUGAGGAUCGGAACGUAGAUGGACUGGUAAUUCAAGAGUUUUGGCUCCGGUACAACGUCUGCAUCCCUAUUGAUGCCUCACUACAUCACCUGUCCAUCUCACCAUUCAUUUUACCCUCAAGACCCAAAGAUACUUGAUCUCCCUACCCGGACGGAUCAACCCAAUGUUUUCCGGCAGAGAACCAUGGCCUCAGACUUGAGCGUGAUUUAGGGUUCUGCGGAGACUCUACGCAGAGCUUUCGCUGCAGCCUACAUAAGUGGCCCGAAGUUUAUACUUGUGCAUUGGUGUGUGCGUCAAUCUCUUUAAGAGAAUACCAGGGCCGGCAUGUGUGUGUGUGCGUGGGAAGUGGUGAAGGAGAACCAGGAAAUGAGUUGGGGGAAUUGCAACAAUACCACGACCACAGCAACGUUACAUUUUUCAAGAGGGGCACAUCAGGCUACGGCGCAGGCUCGGUAUCUCCACGCACCUACGUCCGAGCCACAGCGUAGAUUUAACGCAGAAUCAUAAACCACGCUUUAGAGGUACUGACUCUCAUCCCGACCGAUUCCCACUGGGCUGCAAACCGCCCCAGUGCAUGCUAGAGGUCACGGUCUGAUCCAACUGUUAUUAGCUAUUAGUUAUUGCAGUUCUCAAAUAGCUCCACCCAUAAGUACUCCUGCAAUGACAAUAUCAUGCCAUUUUCUGAAUACACAAUGUAAUUUGUGUCAAUAAGACAGCUUGGAAGCUGUUGAAAGGUAAAUAUGAACCCUUUUGUAAGAGUAAGAGAGUAAACUGGAUUUCCGAAAAUGUCACAGUAUUCCUUUUAUAAAAACAGUAUACAAGCCCUAGCAGAUCAAUUUCUCUAGCUUAUAUUGUAAACUAAUCUAGUGCUAUGUUAUCUUACCCUUGAAUUAUGUAAAUUGAUAAGGACAUUAUCGUUGAUCAUUGCAGUUAUGAUUUCUGGGUAUUUUCAAUAUAUACCCUCACUUCUGUUUUUUUUAUUUUUUCCUGCAGGGAAUCUGUAAAAUAUU